AUGGUACUUACCACUCAUCCAUUUCUUCGUGCCACACUAUCCGGACUGCAUGCGCCUACAGCCAUCAAGCCCGGACUCGGCGCGGAUCCGUGGGUGAUCAUGUACGAGGACAACUACUACCUGACCUACACCACCGGGUCGAACGUCCAAGUCUACAAGUCUUCCAACCUCGCCGAGUGGUCGACGACGGGAACCAUCGUGUACACCCCGACUUCGCCCUUUACGGAACUCUGGGCGCCAGAGCUGCACAUCAUCGACGGCUCGUUCUAUAUCUACGUUGCUAUGGACCAGAACAACGACAACUCCCAGCAUCGGAUGUACGCUCUUAAGGGUACGAGCACUACGGAUCCGACGCAGCCGUUCGAACUCGUGGGACAAGUGACGUCAUCGGACAACAACUGGGCCAUCGACGGAACCGUGAUGCAGUAUCAGAACGAUCCGAGUCGACUGUACUUUAUUUGGUCCGGCUGGACGAACUCCAGCCAGACGACGGUGCAGAACCUGUACAUCGCGCCCAUGGACUCCCCGACUCGCAUCUCUGCCAAUCGCGUCCUGUUGCACGAGCCCACCCCGGACUGGCAAGCAAGUGGCGGCCAGCGAAUCAAUGAGGGCCCCGAGAUCUACGUGCACGACGGCCGGACGUUCCUCAUCUAUUCCGCCGCCGCGAGCUGGACCCAGGAGUACUGCCUCGGCUUCAUGGGUAUCGACGGCGGUGCCGACCCACUCGUCCCAAGCAACUGGUGGCGCAAGGACGACGGGCCGGUGUUCUGGGCAUCCGACGCCGCCUUUGGGCCGGGGCACGCGUCCUUCACGACCGACCGCGACGGGGUGCCGUACAUCGUGUACCACGCGAUGGAGGACCAGAACGGGGGCUCGAACAACCGCUCGAUCCGGGCGCAGACGUUCGGCUUCAACCCGGACAGCUCGCCCGCGUUCCCGUCGCCGGCCGGGUUCAGCGUGACGUUCCCACUGCCUGCGUGA